AUGGGCAAACUACCGUUUUCACAACCACACCACUCACGGAGCCUCUCGAACUAUUACAAGAUGUCCAAGCUAUCACCAAGUCUGAAGGCGCUCAUAAAUGCGCCAGCUGCCCGGCCAAACACCGUCCCUGCCCCGCGGAAUAUCCAGUCCAUCUAUGCGAAGAUCCACCAGACGGCGCAGGCGAAGAAUGUCUCUCACUCGUCGUGGGUUGCUCUUUCGACCGCCGCAACAAUGACAAUGAACUCCCCCGCCUCCCUAACCGCGCUAUACGAAUACAUCACCUCAUCACAAUCACCGAACGACGCAAUCCACACGGCCGAAACCAUGCGCGAAGUCGGCCUAAAAUGCAUCAGCUUCAAUGGAAUCCCACGAACGAUAAACUGCCUGAACGCAUUCAAAUCCUCCCUCCCCGAACGUAUCUCCUCCGCGCUCUCCACAACCCCAACACGCACCCCGUCCCCCUCCAACAUCUCCGAGAUCUCCGCCCGCGGAAAGGCCCUCUGGGACUCCAUCUACCGCCCCUUUGACGUGAAGCUCUUCGACAAGCUCGCGGACAGCCACCCGGAUCUCCCCGUGCAUAUCCUGCACGCUAAUUAUGGGGCUCUCCUCUCCGAUCCGGCGGGGAGGACGACCGGGGCGAAAGUGGGCCGUGUCGCGACGAGCAUUGUUGCGAUUGCGUGCUUGAGGGCGCAGACGGGGGUUGGGCCGCAGGUUGUUUCGCAUGUUUUUGGGCUGAGGAAGGCGCUGGAGGAUGGGACGUGGGUCGAGGAUGCCGAGGGAGAGGAAGGGGCGAGGUGGUUGGCGAGUGAGGAGGGGAAUGAGUGGAUUCUGAAGAGUGUGGAUGAGAUUGUGGAGGGGAUUAGUGAAGGGGCUGGAUCGAAUUUUGCGCCGGGGAGGGCGAAGUUGUGA